AUGCUUACGCCAGUGCAAAUUGUGUGUAGGCUGGUUGGUAGUUUAUAGGCUAGGAGAUUUCUUAGCGUUCUGACGCCAUGCCGAAAGUGAAGAGGAGCCGCAAACCGCCGCCGGAGGGUUGGGAGCUGAUCGAGCCCACUCUCGACGAGCUGGAUCAGAAAAUGCGCGAGGCUGAGACCGAGCCUCACGAGGGUAAACGGAAGGUGGAGGCACUGUGGCCCAUCUUCAAGAUUCACCACCAGAAGUCUCGCUACAUUUUCGACCUGUUCUACCGCAGGAAGGCGAUCUCCAGAGAGUUGUACGACUACUGUCUGAAGGAGCGUAUCGCUGACGGCAACCUGAUCGCCAAGUGGAAGAAGCAGGGAUAUGAGAACCUCUGCUGCCUGCGCUGCAUUCAGACCCGCGACACCAACUUUGCCACCAACUGUAUUUGCCGGGUGCCCAAGGCGCGAUUGGAGGAGGGUCGCGUGGUGGAGUGCGUACACUGCGGCUGUCGCGGCUGCUCCGGCUAGUCCAUCCCAGUGACGUCAUAACCCCGUUACGUCAUCCUAUCCCCUCACCGUCCAGCGCUUACCCGACAUCGUCACACUACGGCUUGCGCUGAAUAUGACGAGUGCUGGAAGACUCGUCAAUUCAGUGUCACGCCUCCAGCGGCAGAGAAGUGACUGGACGGAUGCGUGUGCGUCCUUGUUGUGAGCCUGUGCACGGAGCUGCAACAGCGAGCAAUGUGCUGUGUUUGCAAGGCUCCGGUAAUGAAAUGUGGACCCAUUGGCUGUGGUGAGCCGGUCGGAAGUUCUGAAAAGUGUAGGUGCGGUCCGCAUAAGUCCCGAAAGUGUAAUGAGGCGGGUCGAAUGUCUUCUGUCGUUCCGGCAAGUGUGUCAGCUUGAAGACAACCGCUGAAGGCUGACGUCGGAUCUUUCCCAGUCCUGUUUCGUAGCUCACGAACGCCUGGCUAAUGUGUAAAAGCACAUUAGAUGACUGUGGUGCGCUGCCGUCUGAUGCAUGGGCUUAUGUUUGUACUUGUCACUAAUGAGCUCGCCCAUUGCACAAUGUUACCGCUCAUGCAGCCCGGCCAUCAUCGUUGAAAAUAUCGAUGUGUUUGUCUAAUUGGACUUAAUUGUUAUACGUGUUCGACUUGCACUAUCGUUAAUUGCUGUACAUUUCGGGCAACGAAAUUGGCCUUGCAUUGAUUUAGAUUUACUGUAAGGCAUUGGUCUCCCAUGCACAUGCUAGGUGGGCCUGUGUGUCUUGUGCCUCUUUUCGACGCUGGUCAGCGUCCUCCUGUAACAUGGGUGUUUUGUGUUUGUAAAUGAUGCAGAAAAGAAACGUACAUCUCCAUCUAAA